AUGGGGAGGGGUUUCUAUAGUCUUCAUUGUGGAGCCCCUGGAGAAAAAUCUCGGAUCCUGUCCGAUGGCCCCUGGUUUGUUAUGGGGUCCCUUGUAUGGGUGCAGGCUUGGCAGGCGGGAUUUAAACCAUCCCAAGCAACAAUUUCUCAAUAUCCAAUAUGGAUUAAUCUCCCUGAGCUCCCCCUUGAAUUUUACCAUAAAGAGAUCCUUCAUGCUGUUGGGAAUGCUAUUGGUAAUGUAAUAAAAAUUGAUGCCCACUCUUUGACGGGAGAUCGGAAGCGAUUUGCAGCCAUUUGCGUGCUCAUGAAAGCCGACCAACCUACUCCGAGCAAAGUCUGGCUGGGUGCUUCGUGCCAGGAGCUCGUGUUCUCUGAAUCGCCGUGGGUUUGUAUGGUCUGUCAAAAAGUGGGUCAUGCUACCAAGUCCUGUUUGAAGAGAUCGCCGGAAACCAUGACUGGUCUGGGGAGUGUGGAAAUCACGAGUGAAAAGAAAACCCAGGAGGAGUAUGCAUGGAAGUACGUGGGAGGUAAGAAAAAAGUCAUCAGGCCUGCUGGGGUUGACUCCCAAACGGAUAAGGGUACUAGGGGCCACAUUAAAACCAGGUGGACCCCUAAAAAACCGGAUGACAAAACGUUGGAGGAGAGAGAAAUAAGGGGCUCAGAUUUGACCUCACCUCACAAGCAUGGUCCCAAGGAAAUCUUGGGUUUCCAAAAUCCUUCUGGGAGGAACCAAAAUGCUUUUGCGGCAUUACAGGUUUUGCAGGGAGAAGUGCAGUCCUCACCCUCUUAUGUGGGGAAACGUGGAGGAGAGAAAGAAGAAAUUGAGUGUUUACCUCAGCUUUCUGUGACCCCUAUCCCGUCGGAGAAAACCAAAGCUCCCAAAAAAUCUCAAACUCUCUGA